ACUUCCUCAAUAAUCACAUCUACAUGACAACAUUACUAUAUAUAUCCCUGUUUACAUGACUAAAUCAUAUCCAUUUACAGAUAAACAAGCCUUCAGACUCUGCACAUACAUCUGUUUUUCUCAGUUAACUUAUGUGAACAUUGGAAGAGCAGUACUAGCAUAUUACAAUGGGUGAAGCAAGUGGUAUAGAGAAAAUGGUUGUUCAGAUUGUUUCAAAGGAGAACAUUGUGCCAGCUGCUCCAACGCCUGACUCGUUGAAAACAUAUAAGCUUUCGGUUCUUGAUCAGACCCAAGUUAAGCUUUAUGUUCCACUGAUGCUGUUUUACCUCAACAGCAACUCUGGUGAUCUGGACUCUUUCAUAUCAGACAAGUCAGAACUUCUAAAGAAAUCGUUGUCAGAAAGCUUAACUAGGUUCUACCCUUUGGCUGGAAAGGUUCGAGAUGAUUUUCACAUUGAUUGUAAUGAUGAAGGAGUUCUCUACAUAGAAACUCGAGUAGAUUGUAGUCUCCUGGAUUUCCUCAGUCAGUCUCCAGGAGACGAAACAAUCAACAGAUUAGUCCCUGAGGAAGCCAGGGAUUCACCCAUGGGAAAUUAUCUUCUUAUAAUUCAAGUGAACAUCUUCAGUUGUGGUGGAAUUGCAAUAUGUACUUGCAUUUCCCACAAAUUUAUGGAUGGAACCACCUACACGUUAUUUAUGAAAGAUUGGACCGCUGUAGCCAGAGGAUCUUCUUCAGAAAUUGUGAAUCCUAGUUUCAUUGUUCCAUCAUUGUUUCCACAGAUUCCUUCUCUGUCGUUUAAAAGUCCCAUGAGCUUCAGUAAUAUCAAGUUCGUUUCUCAAAGGUUCGUCUUUGAUAGUUUAAAGAUAGCCGCGCUAAAGGCCCAACCUAAGCUUUUAUCAUCAGGGAGUGAAUCAUCUCGGUUUGAAGUUAUAACAGCCUUGUUAUGGAAAUGUGCUGCUAAAGCUGCUUGCAAAUCAGACGACGAUUCUCUGGAAAAACCUUUUAACUUGGGUGUGAUUACUAAUCUUCGAGGCAAGAACUGUAUUCCAAAAAACUCCGUAGGGAAUCUUAUUUGGCCUGGUUUAGCACAAUGUCAGCUAUCCCCUGAACUCGAACAUAAGACAUUGGUGGAUCAAAUAAAGGAAUGCAAGUCGGGAACAAACGACGAAUUUGUUGAGGCUAUAACGGGAGAUGCUGGAACUCUAGUUCUUCUUAAUGUUGCAAAACUGAUGUCCUGUGAUGAAAUAUCUUUCUCUCUUUGGAUCACUAGCAUGUGUAAUAUGGGCCUCUAUGAACUUGAUUUCGGAUGGGGAAAACCGGUCUGGUUCUAUUAUUGCAAUUUGAAAUUGGUGAAUUUCAUCUCCUUGUGUGACAUAGGAGCAGGUGGAAUUCAAGCAGUAGUUUCCUUAAGCGAAGAAGAAAUGGCGGUUUUUGAGAAUGAUCCGGAUCUGCUUGCUUUCGCUUCUGUAAACCCUGCUCCUCUUUGAGGCAUAACAUUAGGCUUUCUCUUUUACUUCUUCUCACUUCAUAUUUGUGUGGUUUUACUAGAUUGAACUCUAUGAUUAUUUGUGUAAAUCCUUAUGCACUGUGACUACGGCCAAGUAUGUAAAACAAUAUGUAAUAUGAUCAAAGUUUAUGAUUAUUUGUGUAAA